CACUUUCCUCACAAGCCAACGCGUCAAAUGGGGCGAGCGUAAACAAGUUAACGGUAUAAUUGGGAAUUUAUUUUUUGUCCGACAAGCUAUACGCAUAUAUAUAUAUAUAUAUAUAUAUAUAUAUUUAUGUAUUCGUACAGAUUAUUGGCAAUUUUUCAGACUUAAAAUAUUUCAAAAGUGUCCUUUGAAACGCGCGUGUGUGUAUUGUGUGUGUGUGUGAAAAUUUGUUAACGAAACCCAAAGAAUUAAUAUUGUGAAAAAUGUGAAAUAUAAAAAUAUCUAAGUCAAAUCAAAUCAACCGAGUGCCAGAAAUCAAUGGAAAUAAAAUGUGUUUUUGAUCAAUAAAUACAAAAUUUGCGAAACAAAAACAACAACAGCAACAACAACAAACUAUAAAUGUAACUAAUAACCGAUAAAAGAAAGUAAGCAUUUCUCACAACAUUUACGUUACAACAACAGCGGUUGGCGGUAGCAAAAUACGUAUUUAUUAACAAUAAAAAGUCGCGAUUAUUAUACCGUUAAUAUUAAUAAAUAACUGAAAGAGAUUUUCAAUUUCCAAUACCAAAUAAAACUACAAACGGAAAUCAUAAAGAUUGAGACGUCAAGUGCGCAAGCCAGCGGUGAUGAGAGUCAUUAGAGAGCAACAACAAAGUAAGCAAUUAAUGCCAAUAGCCAAUAUCCAAGUGGAUGUAUGUAUUAGUAAUAACAAAUAAGUAGUAGCAAUAAUAGCAACGUACCCGUUAUCUAAUUGGUUAUAAUAACCAACACAAUAACUACAAUAAUUACAAUUAACAAAGCAGCAACGUUUGCUACUGUUUUAACGAUAGUCUAAGCAACAACAACUACCAAGCAACAUGAUGGAUGUCACAUCAUCGAUGGUAAGCCUUGGUAAUACCAACAGCAGCGUGAGCAAUAGCGGAAACAGCGAAAUGUUGCAACAGUGCGAUGAAGUUGACUUCGUUGCUGUUGCCGCACACAAUAACAACAACAAUAACAUUUUCAAAAGCCACAUUAUGAACAACAAUCAAAGUGGCAACAAUAGCAAUGCGGUUGAGAGUACAACAAAUAUAUCGAAUUCGAAUUCGAAAAUCUUUGCUAACUCGAAAACAUCAACAAAUGAGCACUUACGAUAUCAACAACAGCCACGACAACAAGAACCACAGCAAUACAAAGAUACUUCAAAGAGUAAAAAGAAAUCUGCCUCAAGCAGCGAAGAACCAAAGAAGAAGAACUCUGCAAAAGAACGUCUCUCCCUGUUUUCUACACUGGGUCGACGUAUUAGUCAGAAAACGUUGGGUCAGAAGGACAAGAAUGCUGACGCCUCUAGUACACAAUCCGAUAAAACUAUCGCCACGGAGAGCUCAGCUACAACACCAACAACGGCGGUUGCAACCACAAACCCCACAAAUCCCGCAACACCUCCACGUCCACGCACUUUCGUUAAGGGCUCCUCUAUCGCCCGCCUGCUGGGUCAUACACAUAAGAAAUUCGAAAAAUAUCAACAAACCAAUGAGAAAGACAAAACACCAGUGGAUGGUAAAUUCCAUACAUAUGGUGGUAGACGCCGCACCAACGGUCCAUAUCUCGAUCGUUUUAAGCGCUACUCCAAAGAUGAUGGUGAUGUUAACUCAACCAAUACCAGCAAUGAUAAUAGUAACAAUAAUGACGAGGAUGCGGACACAUCCAUGGACUUUACCGAUGUGCUAGAUUUGGAGGCCGAUACUGCCGAUGAGCUUCAACGUGAUUCAAGCGGCUUAGAUCGUUUCUGUGAUCACAGCACAGUGGCGGCUGGAGAUGAUGAAGCGGCUGCAGAAUUAGGCAGUAAAACUAUGCGAACGUUAUCGCGCAGCCUCGGUCGUUUGUGGGGCAAGCGCUUGCAUAGUGUGAACAUAAGUACACCAGAUCCCGAGUAUAAAGUGUCGUAUUUGGGCAAUGUGCUGACCGGUUGGGCCAAAGGUGAGGGUUGCGUUGAAAAGCAACUCAACACGCUCUGGCGCAACUAUACCCAAAAUAAUAAGCCCGACAUGAUCAUGCGCAUCAAAGUGUGUGCCAGCGGCAUUAAAGCUACAACACGUCAACAUGGGCUCACCGAGUACUGGGCAAAUCGUAUAACCCAUUGUUGUGCACCAAAGAACUAUCCACGGAUCUUCUGUUGGGUUUAUCGGCAUGAGGGGCGUAAACUGAAGCAUGAGCUUCGCUGUCACGCUGUGCUCUGCAGUAAGGAAAAAGUGGUGCAGGAUAUUUGCAAUACUCUGAAGGAAAAUCUGGAACGUGCACUACGUGAAUUUAAACGGGAAAAAAUUCUAAAGCAGAAUGCACGUCUUAGUCUAGCCAACGCGUGCUAUGAGAAUCCCAGUUUGCCGCGUCGUAAAAUCUUGCUUAUCGUAGGUGGCAGUAAUUAUCGGCCGCCAUUGGAGCGUUCAAAGUCAGCGCCCAAGUUAAUGGCUAUAGAGGAAGCGAUUGGCGAGGAAGAGGGUGAGGAUGCUGAAGACACCAAUGAACCGGAAAUGAAAGCUUGUUGCCAAAAGGAUUCUCUAUAUCCCGCCAUGACAUUGGGUCGACGACGAUGUCGCCGCGGCCACUCAAUAAGACGGACGGGGAAAGCGCGUCCGCUAUGUGGUAUUUCGUUAGACGAAUCACAAAGGCUUAAACAGAAGUUCGCCGGUAACAUAAAAGUCAUCGGCUCAUGUUGUCACGGCAAGGAAACAACCAAAGAAUGCGCAAACAAACAAAAAACAUCCGCUGCAUGUUCAGUUGUUGAAGAGGAGCAGCGUAAUAGUUUUGGUUCCGAUGACUCGGAUGACUUUGAGAAGUUGCUGAAAUACAACGAUUACGACACCAACGCUUCCUUGGCAACCGAACUGCUGCCCUACUUCGAUAUGCAACUGCAUAAGAACACCAGCAGCAGUCUUAGCGACUUAUGUGUGCUGAAGGACGAAGAGGAACCACUAAGCAUGUUACCAACCAUUAACAGUGAUCCGAUGGCCCAUCCCGAAGGCGAUCUGCCACCCACUGAUUUUGCUCGUCAAGAGCAGAUAGAAGAAGAAGAGGAGGGUACACAUGUUGGACUGCGACGCAGCGGGGUCUGCAGCGACGGUGAAGAAGAUUACUUAGAAGCAGACGAUAUGUACUUUCGCCAAGCGACUAUUUUAAAUAUGUUACAUCGUAACUCAAUGCGUAAAAUGGCCCAACUUUCGCUGAGUAGCGACGAAGGCAGUAGCAUAGAAACUAAUGCGUCGGCGCCUUUGCAAUACCGACACCAAAUGCAGUCAUCGAUAUCCUCCAAUGCCUCAUCGAACACCACAACUAGCAGUUCGCUCCAAGAUGGGCACAACUCUACAACGACUGCAGGAAAACGUCACAGUGGCGCCGAUAGUGAUGAAGGUUCCAUAUCGAGUGGUUGUGAGACUGCCAGUACAGUGACGGCUAAUCAAGAUGACCUCUCACUACAAUACCGGCACAACAAGCAGCUACUCUCGUUGCAACACCUGCAAUCAGCAAUGCCGCUUGACGCCGACGACGCGCAGUUCUUCACUAUGCCCCACGAUGUACAAACACCUAUCACGGCUGAUGAAAUCUACCAAAGACUUGAGGCGCGUCUGGAACGACGUCAAAAUAGCGAUGCCACCACCUUUAGCAGUUCCAGCACAAUAACACUGAAGAUGGGCACUGCCAGUGGCGGUUCAACACCAGAAAACCAGAAUGAUAACCAAAAGCAAGAGUCCAUAAUUGAAAAUGAAGCAGCGAGCUUAACGAAUAGCACAACGCGUGUGCGCCGUCAACGUCAGCGUCAAUUGGCGGCAGCAGUGGCAACACCACUACCACCUAAUAGCCACGUAAACGAUAGUGACUCCGAAUGCAGCGAUGAAUCUGGUUAUGUGGAGUAUCAAGAACGCGAUAAGACUGUCAAAGAGAAGAUUAAUGAAGUGGAGCAGCGACAAAUACAGCAGCAGCAGCAGCAACAACAGCAACAACAACAGUUACAACCCAUUGCUCAACAACGGUUGCAAAAGCCGCAACUGCCACCGAAACCGAUACCACGUCGCUCCUUAAGCGGCGAUGGCAAUGCAAUUGUGUCCCUCGUGAACGGAGAUCAUGGCAGCGGCAGCACCGCCGUAUGAAAACAAGCCGAAGGACACGCGUAUUUGGAAUUGUCAUUAUUCAUAAAUUUCCCAGUAAGACUAUUAAGCGCAAGAUUCCUCUUGUAAAUAUUAGAAGAAUUUUAAUAACAAAUAUCCGGCCUAUCUGCGGAGUCUCUGAAAUGCCAAGAAGGGUGGGAAAAAGAGAUUACAAAGCAUAUCUAAAAGUGCCUAAAUGAAUUCUUUAUUGAGUGAUUUUGGCUACCCAGAAAGUACCUUUAGAAAAGAAAGCAAAAAUCCCUACAGGAUCCUACACUAGCCCAUGAUAUUAGCUUUAAAUGUUUUUGUGGUGUCGGUAAACGUUGGACUAUUUGGCUUGAUCUACUAAGCAAGGACUAAAAUGCAUACAUACCGAUGUACAUAUACAUAUAUGUAAAUGUUAACAUUUAAAAAA